GGUAAUUCAAUAAGGCAUCAAAGAGACAAAACAAUAAAUGGAAUAAUGAGGUAGCAGGACAGCAUUUUUUACUCUGGUAACUCAACCAGAGUAAAAAAUAACGUCUGAAUCAAUCAUUGGUCACUGGCAGAUCUAUGGCCAACCUCUCUGAUCGACCUUUGAUUGUUUAAACAAUGUUAACAUACACUCUCAGAUCCUCCUAGUCACCAAUGUAUUAGAGACAGAACUAGAACCAUGCACUCCUUCACUUUUGAUGACAUCCUAGAGGAAGCGGGAACAUUUGGACGAUCCCAAAAGCGAAUCUUCGCCCUGCUAUGUAUGGUCUCCAUGCCAUGGGCUGGUGUCUAUGUGGGCAUCGUGUUCCAGGGGUUCACCCCAGAGCAUUGGUGCCGGGACUCGGGGGUGAGCGAGAUGCGGCAGAGCUGUGGCUGGAACCUGAUGGACACUAGAAAGAUCACUAUCCCUUUGGUCAACACCUCAGGAGUGUCGGUCCACAGCCGAUGUGAGCAGUACGACCUGGACUGGAACGCUACCGGUCUGACGUGUGACCACCCAGGGAUUCACUUUGCUGACACCCAACAGAGCAAAGCUCCCGUGACCUCAUGCAAGGACGGCUGGGAGUAUGACUAUGAGGGCAGGCAGUCUUUUGUGACCGAGUUUGACCUGGUGUGUGCUGAUGCCUGGGUUGUGGACAUGUUCCAGGCUACAGUCAAUGUGGGCUUCUUCAUCGGUAGCAUAGCUAUUGGAUACCUGGCUGACCGAUUUGGCAGAAAGGCAAGCUUCUUGAUGUCCAAUCUCUUGAAUGCGGUUUUUGGAAUUCUUGUCGCAUGGUCACCAAAUUGGAUAUUGAUGCUGGUGUUUCGAGCAUUCUAUGGCUUUGGUGUCAAGGGAGGCUGGGUGGCUGGAUAUGUCCUGAUUACAGAACUGGUUGGAGUAGAACAUCGGAGGACUGUAGGAGUCCUCUACCAGAUGUUGUUCAGUGUGGGGAUUCUCAUCCUGCCCCUCAUCUCUUACUUCAUCACAGACUGGCGGUGGCUGCAGUUGGUAAUCACUGCGCCUUACCUUGUCUUCCUGUCCUACUACUGGUUUAUCCCAGAGUCUCCGAGAUGGCUUCUCUCCCAGCACAACACAAAGAAAGCUGUGGAGAUAACCGAGUCAAUAGCAAAAGAAAACAAGAGAACCCUUUCUAAGAACAUUGAGACAAUGAGAGACAACAAUGCAAAUGCCUCAACUGCUUCAUUCAUGGAUCUAAUAAGAACUCCAAAAAUGAGAAAACACACCUUCAUUCUUAGUUUCAACUGGUUUACUAGUGCAGUUGUGUACCAGGGUCUUAUAAUGCGUCUAGGAAUCCUGGGAGGAAAUGUGUACAUUGAUUUCCUGAUCUCUGGGCUGGUGGAGUUCCCUGCCGCCUUCCUAAUCCUCCUCACCAUUGAUCGUAUUGGACGUCGUCUUCCCUUUGCCACAGCUAACAUUGUAGCAGGAGCAUCCUGCAUUAUCACUGCCAUGAUACCUGAGAGCAUGUUCUGGUUCAAAACAGCCGUAGCCUGCAUCGGCCGGUUGGGCAUUACAAUGACUUUCGAAAUGGUGGUGUUUGUGAACACCGAAUUGUACCCUACAUUUGUCAGGAACCUGGGUGUGUCGGUAUGUUCAACUCUGUGUGACAUCGGUGGCAUCGUGGCCCCAUUCCUUCUCUACAGACUGGCUGCCAUCUGGUUGGAGCUGCCACUCAUCAUCUUCGGGGUCCUUGCAUUUGUGGCUGGAGCAUUGGUCUUGCUAUUGCCUGAAACCAGAGGUGUGCCCCUUCCUGAGACGAUCGAUGACAUUGAGUUUCCAGAAAAAUGCAAAGAUAAUGCUCUGAGGAUUAUAGAGCUGAAGAGGACACAGGCAGUGAACCUUUUGCCCACCAAUAGUGACGUGACAACCAACAAAGACCCUGAAAUGGUUUGAUUCCUUUCUGGACAUCUUAGGGGUUGUGUAAUGAAAGUACGACAAGUUCAUGACAAGAAGUAUUCAUUUUCAUGUUACGUUACAGUUGCCUGUUUUCAAAAAUGUGUUGUCUCUUAUAUUAAUAAGGAUAGUUUGUAAUGGUGAGGUCAAAAUAUCUUACUUCUAGCAUAUGCCAUGAGUUUUCUAACGGCAUAUGAAGAUCUCCCUGUCAGAUCAAGUGCUUUGUGCCAUGCAUCUCUUCAGAUAAACCCUAUUGAAUAUUUCACUCACAUGGUUUGUUAUUACUUUAUUUUUUUAAUUUAAUGUUGGAAACGUGGAUAACAAAUACUAUGUGUAUUUAUUCAAAGUUUUGUGGUGUGAAAAACUUUAAUUAAACGUGCAGCAAGUGAAACCUCAAUAAACACACACACACACGAUAGUAAAAGCACAGUUUGUUCAUGACAUUUGAAAAAGGGCUGAUUUUUGUAGAUUGUACCAGUCAGUUGUGCAUUCUUACUCAAACCUUAUGAUUGUUGUUGUAUUUGUUGUUGUUUAAAUUAGAAUGAAUGUGAGUACAUUACAUACUGAAUACAGGGACAAUAACAUGUAAAAAAUAAAAAAGCCACUGUCUUCUGGUUAGGAGUGAUGCCAUGAUAGUGAAUUAGACAUUCUGCUCUGAUACGUGUUUUGUGUUAUGUGCUUACCGUGGAGAAACAAAUGGAACAGGAACAGAUUGUGUGUGUUUAUUAGAAGAGGCAGAGAAGGAGGUGAGGGAGGAAUCAAACCGAAAAUAAAUUGCUUUAAUGCG